AUGGCAAAGGGGUUUGACUUGAGAGAUAUUCUGACUAUCGCCAGCAUCCAUCCCUUUUACUCUGAUGUGGUGUAUCCACCGAUGAGUGGAGAUAUGCCUGGCCUGUUGGUAAAGGACCAAGAGUCAGCAAAGGAGCUCGAGCUGUCAUCGUUCUCAUUAACCUGGAAAGAUUCGCUAUACAAGGAGAUUGCAAGGUUGACAGUCGAUCAAGAUCCUCAGAAUGGAUUUCGACAUGAAACAUAUAUCAGUACCACCGGUGGGGGAUCGGGUAAAGGUCCCCCAAUGGUCUUUGCAACAGAUUCGCAGGAAACACGUCAACAGCGGGCUGCCAUUGGCUCUCUCUUGCGAUCUUGUGGCAUUACAGGACCGGGGGACUGGGUCAUGACAAUGCAUGUUUCAGGACAUCUUUACAGGGCAUUGGACCUCAUGUCUGAGGUGUUCGAGGGGUCUGGCGCUACAGUCCUUUGUGCUGGUAGUCAGAUGGAGCAGGAUCAGAUGAUAGAAGUGCUCAUUGGAUAUCAAGUGAAUGUCAUUUCCGGUGACACAGGUCAAAUUAUGCAGCUGUCGCGCUACAUUUCCACUCUCCCAGAGGAAAAACGCAGGCAGCUGGUGAUCAAAAGAGUGGUAUACACCUCCGAGCCAAUGACUCCGGCCCAGCACAGCUUUCUGAGCGCUGUUUUUCCUGGUAUAUGUGUCUCUUCGGUCAUCGGCAGUGCGGAGGCUGGGCCUUGGGCCGUGUCGCCAGCCGAACUGACAGAAGUCACAAAUGAUCAGCACUACGCCGACUUUGUGUAUGAUCAGCGGUUAAUGCAUCUCGAAGUAUUCCCUUUUGCCAUCGAGGAUCCUCAAAAUCCACGCAUUGUCGACGCGAAACCUCUUCCGGAUGGUGAAAAGGGGCUCCUGGUGCAAACUUCGCUGCAGAGAAUGCGUCAUCCUCUUGUUCGCUAUGUGUGCGGAGAUGUAUGUUCACUCCAUCCAUUGCCAGAACUAGUCAAAGCGAAAAUUUCAGCGGAGGAUGUGUCUUAUUACAGAAUCGCACGAAUAUAUGGACGCGAUCGAAGAAUCAGCUUCGAUUGGUACGGAGAAUACUUCGAGUUUCCGGCCAUUCAAGAGGCAAUGCGAACCGAGUCCUGGGGCAUCUUGCAGUAUCAGAUCAUCCGAAGGUCUGGCCAAGGAGACCUGACCAAUAUUGACGUUGUUCUCGAGAUCCGUGUCCUUCGGCACAGCGAGCCGGGCACCAUCAGCCAGGAACAACUGACGGGGGAGUUACGAAAACUGUUCUGGGUCUUUGAAAACAACGAAGCUCUUUUCGAUCUGAAAUUUUUGUCAGGUUAUGCCGGAUUUUCCAGAAGUAGUACAGGGCAGAAGGUGAUCAAUUUCAUUGACCAAACACAGGGUUAG